AUGGCCCCCAACAGCACCCCUCCCCCGUCCGGCGUCUACGUUCCCGCUGUCCUCUUCUUCGACGAGAACGAGGAUCUCGAUGUUCCCGCCAUCAAAGCGCACGUCCUGAGAUUGGCGAAGGGAGGCGUGACCGGGAUCCUCGUCCAGGGCAGCAACGGCGAGGCACAGCACCUCUCCCAUGACGAGCGGAAGGAGGCGAUCCGGCUGACGAGGCAGACGCUCAAUGAGAACGGCUUCGAGCAGGUCGUGAUCAUAGCAGGCACGGGCGCGCAGUCAACCCGCGAGACCAAGAAGCUCUGCGCGGACGCAGCGGAGGCGGGCGCAGCCUACUGCCUAGUGCUCACACCAGGCGUGUGGCCCGGCCAGAUGACGCCCGCCAAUAUUCUCAAAUUCCACCGCGACGUCGCCGACGCGUCCCCGAUCCCCACUAUGGUGUACAACUUCCCCGUGGUCACCGCAGGCCUUAACCUUGAUUCCGACAUCAUCGGCGAGCUCGCGCAGCACCCGAACAUCGUCGGCACCAAGCUGUCCUGUGGGACCAUCGGCAAGCUGCACCGCCUGACGUCCACCGUACCCGCCUCGAAGUUUGCCACCUUCCCAGGCGUGUCCGACGUCUUCCUCCAGGGCCUCGUGUCCGGGAGCGCAGGCCUUAUCGGCGCGCUCCCGAACGUCGCGCCCAAGGCGCAUAUGGAGGUGUACCGGCUGUACAAGGCGGGUAAGCUCCAGGAGGCGGAGAAGAUUCAGGCACUGCUGGGGCAGGCCGAUUGGGAGCUGGGAAAACUGGGUAGUAUCGGGGGAAUCAAGGCGGUGGUAUCAAAGAGCUUUGGGUACGGCAACACCAACGUGCGCGGCCCACUCAGUGCUGCUGCAGUCACGCCGUCGAGUACCCUGAAGUUGGAGGAGCUCAUCACAUUUGAGAAGUCCCUGUAG